GUCGAGAUCAUCCGGCCAUUGAUUGCGCUUACAACCACAAAAGCAAUUAUCACUGUCGUCUUUCUGUCCCAUUCAAGUACUCAGAUUCAACUGACAAGGUGGCAUAAACACUACACGCAAUUCCACCACCACCACCACCCCCUCGUCCAACUCCAACUCCUUCAUACCCAGCUUACAGCGCGCAUCAUUCAUCAAAAUGCCCGCCGCACACGCACACCUCAACCACGAAGAGUUCUUCACCUCCCUAACGACCCUCCUAAGCACCACCUCCCAAAAAGCCCGCGGCUCCGUCUACCUCACCCAGAAACCCUUAAUCGAUCCCCAACAACAAGACCAACAAAUACCGGCUAUCCUUAUCCGCGCCACCGACGGGAACACCAGCGCCGCGAAUCCGAAGAACACGAUCGAUAAGAAGGGCAUUUCAAAGAACAAGAACACGAACAAGGUUAAGCUGUCGACGGUCGUUAACCCGGAUGAGUUGGAGGCGUUCUAUGCUCGGUACGCGGAGGUUUGUAAGGCUGGGAUGACCGGGCUGAAGAAGCGGGAUCGGAAGAAGAAGAAUGCGAAGGGGAAGGCGGGGGGAAAGGUGCCGAAGCUUUGAGUUUCUGACGGGGACGGGGUUUUGUGGUGGGAGGUGGGUAGGGGGUUGAUUUGUGCGUUGAUGGUCUGUAUAUGAG